AAACUAUUGGCUCUCUCGUUCUCUCUCUGUUUUGGUUUUCCAAGAAAGAGAAAAAGGAAACGAAAGGAAAACGAAUCAUCAUCAUCACAGCAAAGAAGAGGAGGCGGCCAUAGAGAGAGAGAGAGAGAUAGAUACUUUGUUGAGUUUCUCUGAGUUCUCAUUUUAACUCAUUGUUUGUCAUGGCGGAAAAGGAUAGACCAUUGCCAAAGUUUGGCGAAUGGGAUGUCAAUGACCCAGCCUCAGCUGAGGGGUUCACAGUAAUCUUCAACAAGGCUCGGGACGAGAAAAAGACAGGUGGACAGCCUGGCUCACCACCAAAGGAUGACUCAAAAUAUAAGCACAGAGAAGUCCUUGGAAAGCCUCACUCUUGUAAAGAAAUGUGGGUGGCCUUAGUUCAUCUACAAAGCCAUUACUGCUAUGACUGGGGCAGAAGAAAUGGUGUUGUUGCAUACAAUCUUCUUAUGCAGAAUCAUGAGGCUGCCCCAAAAUGUAUUCCAGAAGACUGGAGCUAUAUACAUAAGCAAUGAUGGUUCCUACUGGAAUCUGUUUGUUGUGUCCUAAACAUGGUGAUAAAAUAAUGAUGUGCACUUAGAAAAUUUUAAAGAAUAAUGUUAUAUUAUGUUCAAUAUUCUGGGGUAAUUAUUGGGGUGCUUCUCUCCUUUAUCGGAAUUCAAUGAUUUGACCCUUCUAUAUGUGACAAUUUGUUUCUAUAUUGUUUUGAGUGGAUUUGAUUUUCUUCUGGUAACUGCAGAGUGCAAACUUAAACCUUAUGUGGCCUCCUUAUUUCUCUAAUAUAAGAUAUGAUGGUUUGUCAUUGAA